GGGCUAGCUAAAAGUAAAAAUUAAAAUAAGUCGAGGGGUAUGACUGCACACCGGCAAUAACAACGAAAGAAAAGCCAACCUUGAUUUCACGGUGACUCAAUUGGGAGUUUAAAAUGGAAGUUAAAACAGAAGGAAAACGAAUGAAUAAAAAAGAGAGAGCAAAAGAAAACAGAGAAAAACGUCACCAACAAAUCUCUCUUCUCCGUGCUAUUCCUUAUCCCCUUCACCAAAGGUGGUGGUCUGCAGAAACAAUAGCUGUGGUGACCGGUGCUAAUCGAGGGAUCGGGUUUGAGAUUACGCGCCAACUGGCGGUACAUGGGUUGACAGUUGUUCUCACUUCAAGAGAUGCUACUGUUGGGGAAGAAGCAACUAAGGUCCUACAAGAAGAAGGCUUAAAAGUCGUCUUUCAUCAACUCGAUGUUGUUGAUCAUGAAUCUAUUGAUUUGUUUACCACUUGGGUAAAAGAAACGUAUGGCGGUAUAGAUAUUCUGAUAAACAAUGCAGGCGUAAGUCAUAAUACUGGAUCAGAGAAUUCUGUCGACUUUGCUGAAAAGGUGAUCAACACCAACUAUGUUGGUACCAAAAACAUGACUAAAGCUAUGAUUCCAUUGAUGAGGCCUUCUGCUGAAGGGGCUCGGAUUGUUAUGGUGAGCUCACGGCUGGGAAGACUUAAUGGCAGGAGAAAUAGGAUUGCAGAUGUCACUUUGAGACAGCAAUUAGAAGAUGUGGAAUCGUUAUCAGAGGACCUAAUUGACACAACUAUGAACAAGUUCUUAGAGCAAGCCAAAGAUGGAAGUUGGAUAUCCGGAGGAUGGCCUCAAAAUAAUACAGACUAUUCAUUGUCAAAGCUUGCAGUCAACGCAUAUACAAGGCUGAUGGCCAAGGAACUCUCAGAUCGACCUGAUGGUAACAAGAUAUUUAUCAAUUGCUGCUGCCCGGGCUGGGUCAGAACUGCCAUGACUGGCUGGGCAGGCAUAACUCCACCCGAGGAAGGAGCUGAUACAGCCGUAUGGCUUGCCUUGUAUCCGGACCAGUGUACUAGUGGUAAAUUCUUUGCAGAGAGACGUGAAAUAAAUUUCUGAAAGCAGUUUUCUUACUGGUAAGAGGCUAUCUUUGUUCCUCAAGCUGGUUCGUGAUGGUUCGCUGACUUUUGAUAAGUAAUGCACCAAGGUAUUGGCGUUGUUGAAAGAUGUGCUGUACUAUUUAAAGUUUUGCAUUUGGCUUGUCAGAGAAGAAUAAUGUGUAAAUUAGAUAGCAUACACAUGUUACAUUUUGUAGCAUAGGAAUUUGCUAUGUUUAAGAACUUGUAGUUAAAAUAUAAAGAGUCACAUUUUUAUGGUGCAUUUUUUUAUAACAUUUAUUCUUUUGUCA